UAUGACGUAGGAAUGUACGAGAAACAUCCCGCUAAACUCAUAUACUUGACGGAGAAUGGCUACGCUUCCGAUCAAGCUAGCAAUCAUCGUGAAUUUCUCGAAAUGUACCGAAAGUUACAGCCGAACCCGUUUGAUUAUGGUCACAUCGUCAAAGGUCGCGCAGGAUUUGAUUCUAGAGCGCAAUUCUGA